GCUAGGGUCGAGGGUUUAGGGUUUUUCUCAAACCGUAGCGAAGAGGAGACGUGAUCGAGGAGCCAUGGCCUCUCGAGCUCCGCUUCUCUCUCCAACCCCAUCAACCCUAACGUUCUCCCCUUCGAUCCGUCGCAUUCGCCCCACAAAUCUCCCCUUCUCCCCCACUUCCUCUCCCAAUCCCUCUCCCAACCCUAAACCCUACCAAUCCCGCUUCAAUCUCCGCCCAAUCCGCUUCCGAAACCCCCUUCCUCGCUCCUCCGCAGCUCCACAUGGCCGGGACCCUAUCCCGGUCGCCGCCGAGGAGGCGCGGGAAGCCCUCGUCGAUCUCCUGCGCGAAUUCGGAGCCUCCGAAGAGGAUUCGAUCCGUAUCUCUUCGAACUCGCCGAAGUACAUCGACAUGCUCUUGGCGAGCGUUCGAGAGCUGGAUGAUCAUGGCCUGUGGGGUUCGUGGAGCUCUGGAAUCGAUGAGGGAGGAGAAAAGGGGGAUUUAAGUAGCUUUGAUUUGAAGAGCAAGGUGUAUUACAUGGCGAAGAGUAAAGGUGAUAAGGGGAUGCUUCCGUUUCUCGAGAGUGUCGGACUUAAGCUCUCUUCGGCGAUGCUCAUUGCUAGGUACCUUUCGUUGCAGAGUCUUCCGGAGAUCAUCGAUAAGGUUAUGUUUGUAAAAGAGAUGUUAUUUUCGAGCAGUGGCAGUGAGGUACUUACAGGAAGAAAUGCUAAACGCAUGAUGCUACACUUCUCAAUACAUGCAGAUGAGGACAUCCAAAGUACUUUAUCGUUCUUUGAAAAGAUGGAGGCAAGACAUGGAGGGUUGAACAUGUUGGGGCAUGAAAAUGCCUCCUUCCCGUACCUAAUAGAAUCUUUUCCAAGGCUUCUUUCACGUUCAAAAGAAAAGCAUUUGGAACCGUUGGUCUAUUUUCUAGAAGAUUCCGGUAUUCCUAAGUCAGAGAUUUCAGCUAUUCUCCUGACAUUUCCUCCCAUCCUUUUGUACGAUAUUGAGAGGGAUCUCAAGCCAAGAAUGCACGCACUCGAGAAGGCAGGUGUGGAAGAAAAAGACAUUGCUAGUAUGUUGAUGAAAUACCCAUGGAUUCUUUCAACAAGCAUUCAAGAGAACUACUCAGAGAUACUUGCAUACUUCAAAGGAGAAAAGGUUCUUAACUCGAUUGUUGAAAAAGCUGUCAGAAGUUGGCCCCACAUAUUGGGCUGUUCAACUCAAAAGAUGAAGUCAAUCAUGGAGCAAUUUAGUGGUUUAGGUGUUACUAAGAAAAUGCUAGUGCCAGUAAUUACUUCAAGUCCACAGUUGUUACUUAGAAAGCCUGAUGAAUUUCUUCAGGUGGUUUCUCUUUUGGAAGAAAUGGGUUUUGAUCAUAGAAAAAUAGGGAGGAUUUUAUGUCGCUGCCCAGAAAUAUUCGCUGCAAGCGUCGAUAAUACUCUCAAGAAGAAAAUUGAAUUCCUAAUCAAAUUUGGCAUUUCAAGCAACCACCUUCCUCGGAUUAUCAGAAAAUAUCCAGAGCUUCUUUUGUUGGAUAUAAAUAAUACAUUACUACCAAGAAUGAAUUAUCUAAUGACAAUCGGACUGUCUAGAAAAGAAGUAUGUUCCAUGAUAUAUAGAUUCUCUCCUCUUCUUGGAUAUAGCAUUGAAGUUGUCAUGAAACCGAAGCUCGAAUUCCUUUUGAACACCAUGAAGAGGCCUUUAAAGGAAAUCGUGGAGUAUCCGAGGUAUUUCAGCUAUUCAUUAGACAAGAAGAUUAAGCCGAGGUUUUGGGUAUUAAGAAACCGGAAUGUCGAAUGUGGUUUGAAAGAUAUGUUAUCUAAAAAUGAUGAUGGCUUUGCUGAAGAGUACAUGGGUAUCGGAAGACUACUUGUGGUUCCUUCUCCAGUUCAUAAAGAUAGUUCUUAGUUGGAAACAGGAAAUUACUAAACUUUGGCUCUUGUACAUGUGAAGCGUCUCCUUUUACCCCUAUUCAGAAAGGGUUGCUCAAGGAUGGUCUCCAAUGUUUCUGGCCAAUUGAAAAUCCACCUUGUUUUUUUGGAUUUUACGACUUCAGCUCUCUUUUUUUUUUUGAUUUUUGCAAUUUCGGAGUAAAAUAUUUUAGAGUGCUCCUAGCUGAAAUGAUUGCGCAAAGAUUUAUCGAGGCAGGCUCAUAUGAUUUAUUUUACAACCAAGAAUUUACACCCAAAAUUGCAAAAAUAUAUAAAAAAAAGUGGACCAAAAGUUGCAAAAUCGAGGAAAAGAUGGAUUAUUAUGAAGUGAUCAUCAAGCUAUUAAUGCAAUGGAGUUACAAAAGAUGCCACACCCUAUGAAGUUAUCAUUGAUUAUAUUUCGGCGGAAUACUGGCCUGCUUUGGACUGAUAUUUAUGUUGCAUCAGAUACAAAAGGGUCAUCUACUCAUUAUGCAGGAAGCUGAAUCUGGUAAUUUGAAGUGUAAAUGGAGGAGAUUUUCGUUACUAAUGCGAUCUUUGUCCAUGUUUUGGAUUCGAAGAUUGUGUGUAUUGUUCUCUGCAAGAUAAAUUUUGUUCUUUUUUUCAGAAUCCUAACUAAUGGAAAAUUAGUAAUGUGAUUUUUCUUCUUUCUAAUGACUUUAGUUAUCAAGAGUUCAGUGCUGUAAUGUAUUCGAUUAUGUAUCCACAUACAUCAGUAAACUAAAGUACCAUGGAAUGUAAUAUUUUGGUUGUAAAAGAAAAAUAAGUACUUUUGUUUGUGUCUUUUUA